AUGUCCGACUGGUUGUGGCACCCAAAUCUCGAUGUUCGUCAACGUCCAGAUGAAGAGGACUACAAAGUUUUCCCUUGUUCUUGCUGUAGUGCAUUUAGACUCUACAAAAUCUUGACGAUUAUCGUGGGAAUAAUUUGGGGAUUAGCGUUUGUGGGAAUGUUGAUACUGUUUCUGAGUGGGAAACAUUGGAUGGACAUUCUCCUCUCGAGUGGAUUAAAUCCGAUUGAGCUGAUUCUCGUCGUUAUUGAUUUGAUUUUCUCUAUUCAAGCAAUUCGGACGAUGAGACCAAUCUUUGCUCAACUUCUUUUCCCGAUUUAUAUAAUUCUUGAUGCUUUCUCAAUCACAAAACGUGUAAUCUUUAUGGUUUACGCUAUUCGAGGAGACAUCAAGACGAAUCUCGGUGACGGUGGAGUAUAUGGAAGUAUUUUCGGUUUGGUGUUGACAGUGAUUGGAGUGAUUUGGAGUUUCUAUCUGCUCUACACUUUCUACAAAUACUUGAGAGAUGUAAAGCUGCACAAGGAACAGGCACAAUCCAGCGAAAUCUCAGGAGAAGCAGCAGCUAUCAACCAAAAGGAAACUGUU